AUGACAACCGCAAACCCACAACAACGACAAUUCACGCUGUUCCGCAAGUUCAGCACCGAAGUUCGACCACCGCCAUUGGUACGACGAGAUGAGCGCAUCCGUUCGAUGAAUUGUUCUUUUGAAGAGAUUGCUGAGUCAGAAGAAGAGGAUAAUCAGCUCCCAGAACGAGCUUCCCCCGAGGGGCGAUCGCCAUUUGCCGUGGCUGAGUCACCGUUCGCUGAAGGACGCGGAAGUUCUCCUCGAAACUUGAGCCCCGUCUAUGCGAGAAAACUCAAUGCACCCCGACUGUGUCGUGGAUUUUCGGAUCCGGGCCCUCGUCGUCGACCAACGUCAACGAUGUUUGGUUCAUUAAGUCCGGAUCGACAUGAAGCUGGAUCAGACCUGCUGACCCUUCCACCCAUCCCAGAAGCUGCCAGCUCAUCAGCUGAUUGCAAAGAUGAUUGCAACGAGGUCUAGCAGUAAUUAUCCGAGUUCUCUCAUUACUUGCUCACCUCAGCUGAGCUAUUAGCUGACUUUACAAUUAGGACCGUAAAGUUUUCUCUACGACAAAGCCACACCACUACAUCUGUUUAUACAAAAGAGCGAACGCUUCCUGUUGACUGUAUUUCACAGAAUUUUAUCUCUUCACUCGAAAAGCUAGUCUAUUCUGUCAGUCAACGUUCUGAUGAUA